AUGGCACGCCAGCGAAGCGAUGGGCCCGAUCUGCGCGGAAAGAAGGCCUAUUGCACGCCUUUUUGUACACCUUAUUGCCCAAGAAGGAAGGCCCAGGCGCGUCCAAUGGAGGCACACCGAGUAGCGAAUACACGAUCCUCAUCACGCACCAAAUGCGUCUGUCCUGCUGCGCAUGCGACCAGCGCGCCAGUUGCACCCUACGUACCUUCCCCCAAGAAACUGAACACUCGGCACACCUAUACUAUGCACCCAAGCACCCGAUCUACUUACUCCAUGGUCCCGUUCACCCGCGCCGCCUACUCCCCCCGCGCUAGCCGCAUCAUUGGUCGCACCCCUGCACGCAAUAGUUUCACUCACCUUGGCGGCUCGUCGAUCCAAUCUCUUGCGUGCUCGUCGCGCUCAAUCAUGCGCGUUCGCGGGUACUUCGGCGUAGAUUGCGCCAAGGUUUUGUCAAGGCUUGACACCACCCAGAAGAAUUUUGACCAAGGCUUGAUACAGCCAGGGAGCAUUAGGUACGUGAGCAUAGGCCGUGCCAAGAUUUUGUUGGGGAUUGACACCACUUCGAAGGGUGUUGACCGGGGCUUGACAUCGACCGAGAGCUUUAGGUACUUGGGUGUAGGUCGUGCUAAGGUUUUUUUGGGGCUUGAGACUACCCAAAAGUGUUUUGCCUGGGGCUUGACACCGCUCGGGAGCAUUAGGUACUUAGGCGUAGGCCACGUCAAGGUUUUUUCGGGGCUUGACACCUCCCGGGAGCGUUAG